AUGAAUGGAUUAAAGUCAAUCCAAAUCAAUCCACCUUGCCCUAUGAAACCAGUGAUUAAUCAACCAGUUGAAUCAUCUGCUCAAUUAAUUGUAUCAGCAAAGAAUCUUUGUGUCCACCGAAAAUCAAUUUCAACAGGAGACAUUAUUAUCCUAAACAAUAUCAAUUUAUCAAUAGGUGAAUCAAGUUUCUUCAGUUUAAUUGGACCUUCAGGCUGUGGAAAAACGACCUUUCUUCGAUGUGUCGCCGGUCUAACCAGACCAACUUCAGGACAUCUAACAGUUCUUGGAGCAACAGUUGAGUCCUUUGAUCAUCGACUACUCGGUUACAUGCCACAAGAUAUUAACCUCUUUAACAAUCUGACAAUUGCCGAGACAAUCUUUUACUUUGGUGCUCUUCAAUCGAUGCCAUUUCACCAAAUCCGAACAUCACUCAAUCAAUUGUCUAAUUAUUUCGACUUACCCGAUGAAUCCUGUUUGAUUAGUGAUUUAAGUGGAGGUGAAGCAAGACGAGUAUCAUUGAUCUGUGCACUUAUCCACAAACCCAAAUUGUUACUACUGGAUGAACCCUCCGCUGGAUGUGAUCCUUUAAUUAGAGCUAAAAUGGUACAACUAUUGAGUCAACUUCAACUGCAUUAUAAAUCAACAAUAAUAAUGACAACUCAUUACAUUGAAGAAGCUCGGAUAGCUGAUUCAGUUUCAUUCAUGAGAAAUGGUUCAAUAAUUGAACAAGGUUCUCCUCAAUUAAUCAUAUCAAGCUUAAAGGUUAACUCACUGGAAGAAGCUUUCAUAAAGUUAAUAAAACUACAAAAAUCUGGUUAUGAACCAGAUGAACAAUUAAGCCUGUGUGUAAACCAAGAUACUCUUACAUUGAAGCAAUCUUUCCAGCAAAUUUGCCAAUCUUAUGUAAUUAAUCCUGCAAUUAACUACAGUCAUAGAUUAAUAUCCAUAAGAUUAACUGAUUGUUACUCCGUUAAAAAUAGAUCACUCGCUAGAAGAAUGGUUCAACAAUAUUACUCUUCUUCUCAAUCAACUGUUUCAUAUUUAGCAUCACUUAUAAUUUUAAUUGUCCUUUUUACAUACUGCUUUGGACGGACACCUGAUGUGAUCAACUUAGGCCUGGUUACCAAAGAUAAAUCACUUUCACCAGAUUCUCUAAUCAAAAUUUACAACAAUACUUAUCCACUGACAAUCACUGCUUACAACUCAACUUCAAGGGCUGAAAGAGCAAUUCGAGAUUCACAAAUUCAUGGUUACCUAUUAAUUCCAGAAAAUUUAUUCUCAACCUCUAGAUUCCGUUAUCCUGGAGCCGAUCUUGAUCAUCAUAUACCAAAUGUAACUGUAAUGAAUUCAAACCGAAUUACCUACAUAGCGAGUGGAGUUAAUCCAGUCAUCAAUAUACUAACAGAGACAUUGUUGAACCAGUUAACUCGCAAUUUAACUACAUACUUAUUGGAACGACACAAACUGAAUCCAGCUUUAAAUGAUCAAAUGAUUGUUCGAGGAAAGCCUAUUGUUGAUUUGUCCAGGCCAAAUGAUUAUUUUAAUCAAGCAAACCAUCAUCUUCCCAGGUCAAUAUUUUUCUGUUCCUUCAUUGUUACAUCAAUGUACGCUUUGCCCAUCUUAUACUCAGAAAGAAGAUCAUCUUUGCUCGAAAGGACCUUAACAACUGGAUUACAUCCAUUCCAACUGUUGAUUGCUGCACUCAUUGUUACAUCUAUUCUUCCCUUAUUGUCAAAUUUAAUUAUCCUUACUCUACCAACGAUUAUAUCUCCAACCGUUCACCUAAGAUCAUUUUGGGUAGCUUGGUUGUUGUUAUCGUUAAGUCAGUUUGGUUCGAUCGCAACUGGCUUUUUCCUUGCUACACUAAACUUUGACAUCUCUUUUAUUUAUGCAUUACUUACAGGUUUUGUUUUUGUCAGUGAAACUCUUUCAGGUUUCCUGUGGCCCAUCUCGGCCUUGCCUUAUUAUAUUCGUCCUUUAAUUUACUUAAAUCCAUACUCUUUACCUACAGAAGCUUACAUUCAAACAGUUGUUCGAGGUCUACCAAUCUCGUCCUGUGUUUGCCAUAUUUUAGGAUCAAUUACUUUCAACUCUGUUACAUUUUUUAUUACAUGGAUACGAUUUGUUAAUAAAGUCGAAUGA